AAUUGUGUAGAUAUUUAAGGCAUUUGGUUCAUGAAAUUGUGGGAAAGAGAAGAAAAUGAGUAUCGUGCCUAAGGAGACAGUAGAGGUCAUAGCACAAAGCAUCGGAAUUAAUAACUUGUCUCCAGAUGCCGCACUCGCUCUUGCUCCUGAUGUUGAAUAUCGCAUGCGUGAGAUAAUGCAGGAGGCAAUAAAGUGUAUGCAUCAUUCAAAGAGAACUACGUUAACAACAGACGAUGUUGAUAGUGCACUCAACUUAAGAAAUGUUGAGCCAAUUUAUGGCUUCGCCUCUGGGGAUCCUUUUCGUUUCAGAAGAGCUCUUGGACACAAGGAUCUGUUUUACAUUGAUGACAAAGAUGUGGAUUUUAAAGAUGUUAUUGAAGCUCCUUUACCAAAAGCACCGCUGGAGACUUCAAUUGCCUGUCACUGGCUGGCUAUUGAAGGUGUACAGCCUGCUAUUCCAGAAAAUGCUCCAGUGGAAGUUCUUACUGCUCCUUGUGAGACCAAAAAGCCUGAGCAAAAAGAUGAUGGACUUCCUGUUGACAUUAGAUUACCUGUUAAGCAUGUGCUAUCUAGGGAACUUCAGCUUUACUUUGACAAAAUCACUGAGCUUACAGUGAGUAGGUCUGAUUCGGUUCUUUUCAAGGAAGCCUUGGUGAGUUUGGCCACAGACUCAGGACUCCAUCCUUUAAUCCCUUAUUUCACAUGCUUCAUUGCAGACGAGGUUUCACGUGGGUUGAAUGAUUUUAAGCUGUUAUUUGCAUUGAUGCGUGUUGUGUGGAGUCUUCUCCAGAAUCCACAUAUGCAAAUAGAACCUUAUCUACACCAGUUGAUGCCAUCAGUUGUUACCUGUCUUGUUGCAAAACGAUUAGGAAAUCGAUUGGCAGACAACCACUGGGAACUUAGAGACUUCACAGCAAACCUGGUUGCCACGAUAUGCAAAAGGUUUGGGCAUGUUUAUAAUAAUCUCCAGACACGUUUGACAAAAACCUUGCUCCAUGCAUUUCUGGAUCCAAAACGUGCAAUGACUCAACACUAUGGUGCCAUCCAAGGACUAGCGGCCCUAGGACCUAAUGUGGUUCGCCUUCUUAUACUACCAAAUCUGGAAACAUAUCUUCAACUCCUUGCACCCGAGAUGCUUCUCGAGAAGCAAAAGAAUGAGAUGAAAAGGCAUGAAGCUUGGCGUGUAUAUGGGGCCUUGCUGCAUGCUGCGGGUCAAUGCAUAUAUGAUCGGCUCAAGAUGUUUCCACUUUUACCAUCCCCUCAUGCACAUGCUGCCUGGAGGAACAAUGCAAGAGUCGUUACUGCAAGCCCAACAAGUAGGUGUACUUUAUAUAGCUUAACGAUCACCAAGAAGCUUUGCCCUUUAUAAAACCGACUAAACGUGACAUGUGGGCUGGGAAUUCUUGGUAAUUGGCUGAGUCAACAAAAACACCAGCAAAUUGCCACAUAGGCUCACAAAUAUACAUUGAGCUUAUUUUUCAUGCUUGCAAGUCACAUGUUUUAUCUCUCUAAUUUUUCUGGUUAGCAAACACAUUGUGGUCCAUAUCAUCGUAUGGUGGGGUGCUUCCAUAUGAUAAUUGCGGAAAGCAGCAUGUGCACAGCAUGUGAAUGUGAGAGAGGGACAUUUGGGUAAUUCCCCCCCAUUUUUCUGCCUAUUCAAACAAUAUAUGCCCCCCCCUAAUACAUGUAUAAUAUAUGGCUGGUACGAACCCUGAUUUCUAAGUGCGCAAAACAGAGGAAGAUAUGAACACAGUCAAUAUUAGCAACAUCCACAGAACCUUCUCUAUGCGUUGAGAUCUGGCCAACUGCCCUUUUAUCAUUGUGAUUCUCCAAAGUAACCAGAUAAACGCAAGGCAAGUGUGGAGCAAUUGGAGCAGCAGCCUCCCCUCAAGAAGGUUGUUACUGAUAGCCCACUAACUCCGAACAACUCCUUACAUUCUGAAAUGCAAGGAGAAACGAGAAGUGCUGCUGCUUUAGGGGAUUCUGAUGCAGGCCCAUCAUCUUCUUCUAGCCAGAUACCUAAUGCGAGUGUUUUGGUUAGUAGAGGAAGAGGAGAUAAGGGUGAUAAUCAAGCUUUAAGGAUGACGUCAGUUGUUCUCAACCAGGUUUGGAAAGAUGACCUGAAUUCUGGGAAUCUUCUUGUUUCAUUGUUUGAACUGUUUGGUGAAAGCAUUUUCUCCUUCAUCCCAACCCCUGAGAUGUCUUUGUUUUUGUAAUGAUUUUGAUAUAGAUUAAAGUUCUGCUUAAUCAAUUGAUUUGAUGCGAGUAUAAUGUGUAAUAUUCUUUAGAUUUCAUCAGUCAAAUGUGUUCACAUUUAGAGGCAAAGAGAGGAAAACUGAUAGGUGGUUUAGGAAAAGCGGAUUCUCAGUUAGCUGUUUUUUUACUAAUGUGCGUUGAG